GAAGUCAUCAGUGAGGAUUUACGACUGGUCAACAAAGGCACGUGAUUCCCGAACGCUCUCCCAUAUUUGGCCGCAUACCUGGCAAAGUACAGUAGGGCUUCAUUGCUUAUAAUUCAUGAUUGCAUCCAUAAAUCGUGCAAGCACACAGGAUUAUAGCGACAAAGAUCUACAAAUCGAGGCUUUAAAAAUCCAAGCAAAUGAGCUCUUACUUUGUAAACUCGUUCUCAGGGCGCUAUCCAAAUGGCUCCGACUAUCAGUUACUAAAUUAUGGGACUAACGGCGCUGUGAACGGUUCCUUCAGAGACCCUGGCACCAUGCACUCCGGGUCUUUCGGCUACAACUACAAUGGCAUGGACCUAACCGUGAACCGCACCAACACCGGCAGCCACUUCGGGGCCGUGAGAGAGGAUGCCCGGGGAUUCGCGCCAGACGCCCGGUACAGACAGACACCCAACUGCUCGCUCUCAUCUCCAGAUCCGGUGCCGCCGUCGUGCGCCACGGCCAGCCGGGAGCAGCUGGAACUAAAAAGCCCCUCUCCUCCCUCUGACCGGAGCACGACCUCGAGCGGCAACAAUCUCAACAAAAGCAACAGCGCUCAUUUCACGGAGAUAGAGGACGCCACCGUCGCCUCCGAGACCGAGGAAGGCGCACACAGCAGCGGCGGCUCCAGCACGGCACCACGGGCGCAGCAGCAGCAGCAGCAGCACCAGGACCCCAACGCCACCUCCUCCACUCCCACAUCAAACGAUUGCCAGUCGCCACAGAUAUUCCCCUGGAUGCGGAAACUGCACAUCAGCCACGAUAUGACUGGACCUGAUGGGAAAAGGGCCCGAACUGCGUACACCCGCUACCAGACGCUAGAGCUGGAGAAAGAGUUUCACUUCAAUAGGUACCUAACCAGACGGCGGAGGAUAGAGAUAGCCCACGCCCUGUGUCUUUCCGAAAGACAGAUCAAAAUCUGGUUUCAGAACCGCAGGAUGAAGUGGAAGAAGGACAAUAAACUGAAAAGUAUGAGUCUUGUAACAGGAGGCAGCGCCUUCCACAACUGAAUAACUUUUGGGGGAAGAGUAAAAUAAUAAUAAUAAUAAU